GCAUUUGAGAGCGGCAAUACUCUGUGUACCAUGCGUUGCAGACUGGUCAGCAUUAGGAGGAAAUUGUCAUCUUGCCCUAGCCCUAGUCCGAAGCUAAUUGUUGAGGCUGACUGUUCUUGGACCAAGGUUGUUGCGCAGGUAUCAAGGCACGGGAGAACGUGCCUGGCAAUCGCCGAUGACAACACUCCAGGGCAAGCAGUCGGAAGAUGCUUGUUCGAACUGCGAAAGGCUGGCAUCAACUGCGCGAUGUUCACGGGCCGGGGCGCCUACCCUACCGCCGAUGGCAUAGACGAGGCACGAGAGAUGGCUAGGAGGAUCGGGGCGACGUGCAUCGUAAGCGUUGGGCGCGGGGGGACAAUAGAUACUGCCAAGGCCGCAGCAAGGCUGCACUCUAGCAGCGGCGGGUGCAAGCAAUUCUUGACGAGCCCCGGUGGCGUGCUCAUGGGCGAGGACGGUCACAGCAAGCCCCGAACACCUGCCGGAAACGCGUUGCCGCUUGUGGCGAUACCGACCUCUGCUGGCGCAGGGGCCGCCGCGAACGGGCGGUGUUUGGUUUGGCACCCGGAUGACGAAGUGCUGGUGCCGCUGGCUGAGGAGGGCGAGUCCCUGACGGUAGCUCUGGUGGACCCUAUUCUCUGCACAUCGCUGAGCAAGUCGCAGACGGCGGCCAUGGCGCUGACGGCGCUUUCCGCCUGCGUUGAUGCCUUGCUAGCGCGGGAGUUGGCCCUGGCCUCCGGCACACCGCUGCAGAACGGCGACGCGCUCCUCGAUCUCGGGAGGCGCGGCAUCGACGCGGUGGCGGAGGGCUUGCCGGUGGCCCUGGCGGACGGCAAGAACAAGCUGGCGAGAGAGCUGUUGACGAUCGGCAGCGUGUGUGCAGGACAGCUCGCUGUCGCCACUCCGGCCCCACCAACUCAGCUCGUGGCCCGAGCAACGGGUUCGUUGCUGGGGCGGCAUAGUUACCCUUCAGUCUGCGCGAUGGUCUUUCCCCAUGUUGUUGGGGACAUGCUGAGCCAGGCGAACUCCUUCUCCGGAGAUGCUCAAGCUGCGGAGGCCAUCGAGCGAGCUCUUUCGCUAUCGGCGAGCCUCUUUCUGGGAGAUGGCAACGAUGGCCAGGCGCUCAUGUCUUGGCUAGAGGCGCAGGAGCGCGAGUUGUUGGAUUUCGGUAGCUUGUCUUCGGUGGACUCCACCAUCACGGCCAAGGACGUCGUGACCAACAUCGACAUGUUGCUGGCGAUUGAAGAAGAUACUGCCGCGGCGGAUAGAGUGUGGAGUGCGGGCGGUACCUCGGAUAUGGCCGACCAUAUCGUUGGCUGAUGAAUUGUUGGGAGAAACUUUCUCCUUGCCACUUGCAGUCUUUUGUGGUAUGAAAACGUGUCCUGCGUGCAUGUACAGGACGAUGAAUGUGCGACGUUUGCCAACUCCUUGGACCAUCAAAUUUGUCAAUCUUCAAAGGGAUGUGUAGACUGCAGCGGUACGGUUGCCGCACCAAAGUCGAGUCAGGCCUUAUAGAUGAGCCGAAAUCAACUCGUUAGAUUAGUAAGCGCAGACUACGUUGUAGUCUAAAUGGUUUGAUUUCGGCUUCCAUCAAUGUUUGGAUGGACUGCAGCUCUGGCGAGGGUAGGUACCCUGUUCGGAAAGUGUUGGGGCAUGCGAACCCACGACC